GCGGAGACCAACAAAAUUUCCAGGGUAUAUGCUUUGAAGAGUCAAAGCCCCACUCGUCAGACUGAAAAUCUGAACAAGUUGAAGUCAUCGCAGAAAGACAAAGUUCGCCAGUUCAUGAUCUUCACUCAGUCCAGUGAAAAGACCGCCGUGAAUUGCCUGUCUCAAAAUGACUGGAAGUUAGAUGUUGCAACAGAUAACUUUUUCCAGAAUCCUGAACUGUAUGUACGAGAAAACUUAAAAGGGUCGUUGGACAAAAAGAAAUUAGAACAAUUAUAUAAUCGAUAUAAAGAUCCCCAAGAUGAGAAUAAAAUCGGCAUAGACGGUAUACAGCAGUUUUGCGACGACCUAGCGCUGGACCCCGCCAGUAUUAGCGUCUUGAUCAUCGCCUGGAAGUUCAGAGCGGCAACGCAGUGCGAGUUCCUGAAGAUGGAAUUCAUGGACGGGAUGACGGAACUGGGAUGUGACAGCAUAGAAAAACUGAAGGCCCAGCUUCCUAAAAUGGAGCAAGAAUUAAAAGAGCCGGGAAGGUUUAAGGAUUUUUAUCAGUUUACUUUCAACUUCGCCAAGAACCCAGGACAGAAGGGUUUAGAUUUAGAAAUGGCCAUUGCCUACUGGAAUUUAGUACUUCACGGAAGAUUUAAAUUCCUAGACUUGUGGAACAGAUUUUUAUUGGAACAUCAUAAAAGAUCUAUACCGAAGGACACUUGGAACCUUCUUCUAGACUUCAGUACAAUGAUAGCGGAUGAUAUGUCAAAUUAUGACGAGGAAGGGGCCUGGCCGGUUCUUAUCGACGACUUUGUGGAAUUUGCACGCCCUCAGAUUGCCGGGAUAAAAAGUACGACAGUGUAGUGCUAAACGAACCUUCUGGAAUGUACAUAGCCUUGUACAAAUAAAAAUAAUGAGGACAAAUUGCACAGUCGAUUUCCGCCGGCUGGACUGAACUGAACAGGACUGAAGACCAAUCCUCACAAAGCGAAGACUGAGGGUUGAGACCAACCUUUUAAGGAUCUACCUUGGACCAUAUCAGACUGCGGCCGCCUCGGGCUUCUCUCCUAGCCCGGGCCAGCCUGGCUUAUUUAAAAAACAAACAAACUCCAGCAGUGUGGACUUCUUUUUUUUUUUAAUGGAGGACCCUCAUCAUUCCCAUAAACCUUAAAAUGUGUCGGGUGGUCAUUACUUUUGAGAUUUCUGGUUCCGCGUCGAGCACGUCUCUUCACCGAGCAAACUCUGGGGCGUAAGAAUUCCUCAGAUGAGUAUCUCAUCCCAGUUGGUGUUUUUUUUUUUUUUAAAUUUUGUUGUUGGGUUUUUUUUUUUAGACAGCUCUUGUGAAAUAACAUACUUCUGGGCCAGCUGCAAAGACUCUGCUGAUGGAAAACACCCUCCGAGAGUGACGAGGUUGAGGAUCUUGGUUUCUUAGGGCCAGUGCUGUCAAAGCGAGCGGCCGAGCGGGUUUCCCCGCUUUUUUCUUUUUUAAAGCAAAUUUAGAAAUGCUUCGACAAAAGCCUGUCUUCUUCCCUUCCUCCCCGUAUCAGGCUAAACAGGUGCCUGAGUGAAGUCUAAUUGUAUCCAUGACGAACACUGGUUGAAAACACAGCGCAGAUAACACUGUGCACGUAACAGUGCCCCCGUUUUAAUAGUAUAGUCAGAAACACUGGGUGCCUAACGUUAAAUGCAGAAUCGCCCCCUGGGGGCCCUGACCUCCGGUAGCUGGAUCCCGUAGAACUUACGUUUCUGCCUCUUAUUUGCUGGUGUGGCCCCCCCCCCCCACGCCCUCCACUUUCUUUUCAGU